UAUCUAGUAUACACAUUUUUUGUACAAUUUAAGAGCCAAUAACCAUGGAUUGACGCUUGAUCAGAUAGGACAGAUGAUAAUCGGCAACAUGGACAAAAACGCAGACGGCAAUAUGACGGUGGAUGAGAUGUUGUCAGAGUUUGUUACAAAUUAUGACCACAAUAGUGACGGUUGCGUCAGCAUGCACGAGUUCACGCAUCAGUGGAAUCAUGAUUACCAUGACGACCACCACGCGUCAGAGAACAUGUACAGACAUCUUGAUAUAACCUCUAACGGGUGUUUGUCAAAGGAUGAUCUGGACGUGCAUCAUAUGGCCAUGGACACAGACAACGACGGUACCGUGACCUCUGCUGAAUUUAUGGAAUGGCUUCAUCAUGUUCACCCUGACAGUGCUGGACAUGGUCACCAUGGAUAAUUAAACCAUACAUUACAAGAAAUAAAAGCAAGUGUUAUCA